AUGUUUCGACGUAGAUGUCAUCGUUUUUGGUAUUGUAAUUCAAUAUCGGAAGAGGAUCAAAAUAAAAAAUUUCAGUUAACUAAAUUUCAAUUAAUUAAACUUAUAACUUCUUGUGCUCUUCCUCUUGCUGUUGCUAUAUUUACUCUUGUAACAACACUUCAAAAUCGUCAAAUAGCUCUACAAAAUCGUGAACAAGAUUUACUAGAAAGUGAAGAUGAUCAACGACAAAGUUUUUUUGUUAAUUAUAUAAACGAUAUAUCGCGUUUUCGAGAUCAAAAUAUUGAAAAUUUAACAAAUAAUUAUAAUAAACUUCUUUAUAUUCGAACAAAAACAUUAACAACAUUAAGAAAAUUAGAUAAUGAACGUAAGAAGUAUAUUUUAUUAUUUCUUAAAGAAAGUUCAUUAUUAAGUGAAGAUGAACAAAGUUUAUUAGUUGGAGCAGAUUUUAAUGGUAUAAGUAUUAAUCAUAAUGAUUGUGUUUUUAAAAAUAUUAUUUUUUCUGGUGUUUAUUUUCAACAAGUUUCAUUUAGAAAUUGUCUUUUUGAAAAUGUAACAUUUCGUCAAGUUGAUUUUCAUCAAGCAAUUUUAUCUCAUUCAAUUUUUUAUUUAACUUAUUUUAUUUCAUGUCGAAUGGAUUAUGUUAAUUUUCAAGAAGCUGUUAUAUCGGAAUCGUAUUUUAAUAGUUCAUCAUUAAGUUAUACAGAUUUUCGUCAAGUUAAAAUAGAUUUUGUUAAAUUUUAUAAUGUUAAUUUAACAAAAGCAAGUUUUUCUGAUAAUCCUACUCAAAUGCAAUAUUCAUUGAUUCGAAAUUCUCUUUUACCAAAUGGUACAUUUUCACCAAUCGAUAAUAUUGAUAUUGUUUCUAAUUUAUGUACGUCUUUUGAGAAAUGGUCUCCGAUACCGAUUGAUGGCAUUAAAGUUCAUAAUUGUACAUUUAUUAUUAAUAUUUCUAAUACUACUAUAGCUCGAUAUAUAAGAAGACCUUUUAUUGAUCGUUCAGUACUUAUUGAUGCAAAACAAGCUGACUUCUUAUUUGAAUUAAAACAAAAAUAUAUGAUGAUGUAUGUUUCGAUUAUUAUUUAUUUUGUUGGUGUAGAACAUGGUGUAUUUGAAACACAACAAUUCGGUAAGUCAAAGAUGAAAGUCCUUUUAUAUUGA